CUCACCACUCUCCAAUCGCCCAAUUAUUCUCUUCAAGAGAUCCAGAGAGAUACACACCAGUCGGGCAGACACAAAUCCAAAAUAUGUCCUCCUUCGAUCCAUUCGAAACCCGUAUCCAAUUCAUCAACCUCCUCCGCAAACUCAACGCCUCCCAGCAGUCUAUCCAAAAAGUCACCAGCUUCGCCAUCAACUAUGGCUCAAGGUGCGGUGAAGACCUUUGGGAAUGCGUGAUUGAGCAGUGUAACAAGGGAACACUGAAUACACGCAUAAACAUUCUCUACUUUCUCGAUACCCUCGUUGAAGAAAGUCUUGCUCUGGGACCGAGCGAGGCGCCGUAUGGCGUGUUGUUGACUAGGGAUCUCAAAACGUUGGUGGACAGUGUAGUACCGGAUACAAAUGCCGGAAAACUCAAUCUGAAAAGCGCGAGACAGAUUUUGGAGAGCUGGAGGUUGAGAAGAGUGGUAGACCCUAGUGUUGUUGGGGAGGUACUCAAGUCUUUAGAAGGAAGGAAAUACGAUUCUGGACCAUCACAAAAGCGGACGCACGAGCAUGCAUUCUCAAAGACAGAUAUUGUCAGACGGAUGGAAGAAGACCGGGAACGUCACAAACGCUUACGUGAACGAAUAUGGAUCCUCCCAAUUCCGUCCCUUCUUCCGACUAAAAACAACGUCGCCGCCCCUACCACGCUUUCUUCAAGUACUUCAAAUGCAUCCCCCGCUACACCCGCUUCCCCGCACCCAUCUGCUCUCGUAUCCUUUGCCCAACAUCCACCCCAAUCUUUGCAUCUUUCUGCCUCGGUCUCAGCAGGAGCAGGAGUAGAGGAUGAUACGGCUAUCUCAGAGAACGCGUUGGAUGUAGAAUUUGAACAGAUUUGGGAUAGGGUACCUGAGGAAGGGUUAGAUGACGAUGAUAUACUUCAAAUGAGAGCCGAUAUGAGAAGAGCCAAACUCGAAAUAGCCCCUACCUCAACCGCCCCAAUCCAAACCGAUGUUUGAAAUUCAUGACGAACAGGAAAACCUGCGGAAUGACCUUGCACUGUCUGUGUUUGUUUUAGACCUAAUAUGCGGCUUGCGGUCCUACGUGGUCUGUACGUAUAGCUAUACGGUUACGAAAGCGGGGGGGCAUCCUCCAUCAUCUUUGCAUGUCGGGCCUCCGGCUGUCAGACGAACGUCUACAUGCUUGCAUGUUCUGUACAAGUUAAUCACCGAUUACCAAUCUUCAAGCGUUACAACUCACACCAAAUCGCUUUCGAUACGCAAGAGUAGCAUCAAAGCAGAACUAGACAGAAAUGAACUAUCAGGGCAAUCACUGUCAUAUUGUACCAUCGAUUGGAUCCUCUUAUAUAGCUGCGGUACCUCAAUUAUAGAAGAUGUAAUACUAUUAUUUG